CUGUCCCAGUAAGCGGAGAAACGCAUCAGGUGACCGGAAUUUCGAUCGUAGAACGCAGGUGGAACGCAACCGGAAGCCCCGAAACCGGAAGUCACGGCACGCAACUGGGAACAGCACCCCCUGCUUGACUGGAUCCAGAUACACAGUUUACAGCCACAGGCAGCGGCCCCCCACAGUGUCCAUCUCCAUACUGGACCCUGCUAUACAGCAUAAAGGUGAACCACCUGGAACUGGAACUGGUACAGUACUUCUGUACAUGUCUGACAUCAAUGACAACACACCACGGCUGAUCACACCAUACCUGGAGACAUGCGAGCAGGGGAAUCGGACGUCCUUUGUCGUUGGAGCUGAAGACAAAGACCUGGAUCCAUAUUCUAAACCAUUUAUAUUUGAAGUCACAGCUCAGUCUAGAAAUAUGAAGAAUAACUGGCAAGUCAGACAAAACUCUGAUGAUUCUAUUGAAAUCGCAGCGCCAAGUCUCUUGAGGGGCAACUACACAGUACCCAUGAACAUUUAUGAUAGGCAAGGUUCUUUUAGCCAACAAGUCCUAAAUGUGAGAGUGUGCACCAGUCCAGAUGGACACACUUGUGAAAGGUUGAUGCCUGCAUCACACCAGAUGGGCGGAGGGGCCAUUGGUGCUAUCAUUGGAACUGUGCUUCUGUUUCUACUGGCUUUAUUGUUGCUCAUUUUUCUCUGGGGCUCUGGCAUAAAGAAACAUGCACACAUGCUGGCGCACGAUGAAGGCAACCAAACCCUGAUCCAGUAUAAUGAGGAAGGAGCUAGUGCACUGAGUCAACAGGCAAGCCCCGGUACUCUCAUCAGCAAUGGAAAUGAAAACCUUCCCCUUGCCACAAAGGAUAAGGAAGCAGUUGGACGAUCCAUGUCUAGUACAUUGCCACAGGCACAAUAUAAAUCCUGGGAACAUGAAAAGGAAGCAGUUCGACGACCCGUCUCUAAUACAAUGCCACGGGCACAAUAUCAGUCCUGGGAACAUGACGGUGCUGGGUUUGCAGGAUCUGGUACAAAGCGCCUGGUACAAAGUCAAGCCAUAACACAGAACAGCAAAUAUAUGAAAAAUGCAACGCUCAAGAACCGACAUGAAAAUGUUUUUGUAGAAAAAAUUGGAGAGAUACUGAGCCAUGAGACUCCCUGAAAUAGCAGCAAUCUCCCUGACUCCCUGAAAAGUCCAGCAAUCUCCCUGAUUGUACCUUACCCCCAUUAUGCAGCUGUUACAUUCUUGAGGGAAAAAGAAAUCAGAGAUACUGUACAUACAUUCAAAUGGGAACAUCAGUGCCAUUUCCC